AUUUGACAGUUUCGGCAUUUUUCUUUAUUUAUAACAUUCGUGUAUAAUAAACCAAGUUAGUUUUUCAGAGCGUAAAUAAUAUAAUUUCAUAUAAAUCGGUGUAUAAUAAGCCUAAACCUGGAUAGAAUGGAGAAACUGAACUCCACGCUGGGCGCAGUGAGAUCACUGCGUUCAAGCGUCCGUCAAUGCUUUGAGCAAUUGGCUGAUGGCACUAACGCCGAAUUGGCUGAAGACAGCCGCACAAAGUUUCUCCUAAAGUUUCAGGAGAACUUUAAUAACAUGAAUGCACAACUGAGGGAAGUUGAAGGUCUAAUUAAUGGUUUACAAGCUCCACAAACACCGUACUGCUUGGGUCAAACUACUUACCUUGCGCAAGAAACUGCUCCAGAGCGUCAGGCAUUGUAUUCACAACUCGUGAAUAGUUACAAAUGGAUUGACAAAGUGCAUGACCAUAGCUUUUUAGCAUUUAACAAUUUGAAUCAAAACAAUCUUAGACGCUCAUACGUAUAUUGUUCCCAGAAACGUGUGCGCAUACCAUUCACAUCUUGUAAUAAUACCGACCCAGAUCAUACAGACAAGUUACUGAGCGAAAUCAACCUACCACUUACAAGUUAUCAAGUGUGUCGACCUUUUGGCUCUAAUGUUGUUGUAAUUGUUACAAUAAGUCGUGUGCUCAAGGCAGCGAUAGUCUGCAAGGGUGUGCUAAUCGAAUGGGUUACAGUUAAGGGAUUUGACGAAACACUUGAUCCAGAUGAUUUAUGGGCCGAAUCGCGUUACGAAGUAUUCCGAAAAGUUCAAGAACAUACACAUAUUGCAAUGUUGCACUUCUUCUCGCCUACACUACCCGACCUAGCUAUAAAAAGCUAUAUGACUUGGCUACACAGUUACAGUAAGUUGUUUUUAGAGGCUUGCAAAAGAUGUGGAAAAUUCGUGUCAAAUGGGCUACCACCGACUUGGCGUGACUUGCGUACACUUGAGCCGUUCCACGAGGAGUGCCGCAAUUGUUAAAUUACUAGAUAUUAA